AUGGAGGACAAGAGCGACUUUGAGACUGACAAGAUCCAGGCGGUGCAUGCCGAGUUCUCGUUGGUUGAGAACCAUGUAUCUGCGCAGAUUCCUCGGGUGACUUGGUGGAGACACCCGGCUUUGCGGAAGUUGUAUAUCAUGAUGCCGAUUCUCUUUCUGGGGUCUUCUACCAACGGGUACGAUGGGUCUUUGUUAAGCGGAUUGCAGACAAUGACCCCGUGGCAAGAAUAUUUUGGAAACCCUAGAGGCUCUACAUUGGAUCUCUUCACGGCUAUCCAGAACAUUGGUGGUGUUUGCUCCUUAUUCUUCUGUGAAGUCGCCCCUUCUUCCCUGUUCCUUGAGACUUCUGAGCUGACAGUUAAUGAUACGAUAGCAUCCUACGGCGCCGAUCUAUGUGGACGGAAACGAGGGGUGGCCAUUGGUCUAGUGGUUCUUUUUGUGGGAACCAUCAUUCAGGUCAUUCCAUCCGUCAAUGCGAACAUGUUCCUUGCAGGAAGAUUCUUGGUAGGGCUUGGGUCAAAUGUGAGCCAAGGAUCUGCACCGCUGCUCAUCACGGAACUUGCUCAUCCGCAGCACCGCGGAAAAUUGACAACAAUGUACAACACACUUUGGUAUGUCGGCGCUAUCGUCGCAGCCUGGACUGUGUUUGGGACCAUCAAGUACACGUCCGAGGCAUCGUGGAGAAUUCCAGUCGGUAUGCAAGCGGCUAUGCCUCUCAUUCAGUUCAUAGGAAUAUGGUUUCUUCCAGAGAGCCCACGCUGGCUUUGUGCACAGAAUCGCCCAGAAGAGGCCUUCGAGAUAUUAAUCAAAUAUCACACAAGUGGUGAAAGAAAUGACCCAUUCUGUGCAUUCGAGUUCCACGAAAUCCAGGAGAUAAUCCGCAUGGAAAAGGAAACUCUCAGAAUGGUUGGCCGAUUCUUGUCAAAAGUCCGGGAAAUCGCAAACGACUAUUGCUCAUUGUGCUGGUCUCGUUCUUCUCGCAAUUCUUCGUAUGAUCAGUCUAUGAUCAAUGGAGCCUUGACCAUCUGGUGCUUCUUGGUUGCCAUCUGCUGUUCUUCGUUCCUUGUUGAUGUUCUCGGUCGACGAUUGUUGUUCAUGAUUGCAGCGGUCGGCAUGUUGAUCAGUUUCAGCAUAUGGACCGGAUGUUCUGCCGUCUAUGCUAAGACUGGAAAUGCCGGUGCUGGUAGUGCGGUGAUUGCCAUGAUCUUCCUCUUUUAG